ACCUUAUCCACACAGUCUACCAUCAGUCUAUCCGUCGACUGAUUACUGCACCCUCAACGUUCUCGAAUCCGACGACAGGCAUGGUUUGCACGCGAGCCCUCGUUUGUCUCGGCCUCGCCUUCACGGCAGCGGUGCAAGCUACCGAGGUCAUGCGCCGACCGGACAACUACAAGAGCGCGCCUAACGUCUUUCCCACGGAGAACGUCACGCCGCAUGUCAUCCACAAGCGCGCGACGGCGAAGGUGCAGGCAGCUUACUUCACGAACUGGGGGAUCUACGGAGCCAAUUUCCAACCUACGGACAUCGUUCCGGAAGACCUCACCCACAUCAUCUACGCGUUCGCUGAUGUCCAGCCGGACACGGGCACGAUUGUCCUCACCGACUCGUACGCGGACGAGCAGAAACACUUCGACGGCGACAGCUGGGAUGACACGGGCAACAACCUCUACGGUUGCCUGAAGCAGCUCUACCUCAUCAAGCUCGCGAACCGUAACAUCAAGACGCUCCUCUCCAUCGGCGGAUGGACGUACUCGCAGGACGGCCACUUCUCGUUCGUCACCGACGCCACGAAGCGUGCCACGUUCGUCUCCUCCGCGGUUUCCAUGAUCCAGAACCUCGGGUUUGACGGCAUUGACAUCGACUUUGAAUACCCCGCAAACGCUGCCGAGGGACAGGGAUUCGCGGAUCUCCUGACGUCCCUGCGGUCCGCAUUCGAUACCCUGGCCACGCAGAACGGUGACACCGUGCCGUAUCAGCUUACGGCUGCUGUCGCCGCUGGUCCCGCCAACUAUCAAUACUACGUCGUCCCUCAGAUGGACAAGGCACUCACAUACUGGAACCUGAUGGCUUACGAUUACUCUGGCUCCUUCUCCAACAUCACCGCUCCUCAAGAUAACGUUUACGGUGGUGCCCUCACCGGUUUUAGUACCGACGCGGCCAUUCAGUGGUACUUCGCCAACGGGGCUACUCCGUCGAAGAUCAACUUGGGCAUGCCUCUGUACGGCCACGCCUUCGAGAACACGGCCGGCAUGGGCUCUCCAUACGACGGCAUUGGCCCUGGCUCGAUCCAGGCGGGAAUCUACAGCUACAAGGACCUGCCCAUCGCCGGUGCCCAGGUCUUUGAGAACGUCACGGAGAUUAGCAGCUACUCGUACGACAGCAGCAAGAAGGAACUUGUAUCGUACGAUACUCCCGACAUCGUCAAGCUGAAGACCCAGUAUGUCAUGGACAAAGGCCUUGCGGGCUCCAUGUUCUGGGACCUCUCGACGGAUAAGGUGGGCACCGACUCUUUGGUGGGAACCAGCCACCAGGCCUACAGUGCUCUCGACCAAACUCAGAAUCACAUCAACUACCCCGACAGCGAAUGGGAUAACAUCCGUAACAACAUGGCCGGGAGCACCACUUCUACUACCGCCGCAACCACCACCGCGCCCGCAACCACCACCGUUGCUCCGACCACCACCACGGCCCAGACCACCACCCCCGCGACCUCCACGACGUCGUCGACGGGCGGAUCGCUCACCUGCGCCGGCGUGGCGGCGUGGAACAGCGCGGUCGCCUACACCGGAGGCCAGUCGGUCACGUACGGUGGCUUCCUCUGGACCGCCAAGUGGUGGACUGAAGGCGACACUCCUGGUGGGGCCGCCGGCGUCUGGACACAAGGGGUGAGCUGCUGA